UUGCAUAAGACCCAGGAGAAAUAUUGUUGAACUAAGGAAAUGAGAGAUUUAAAAUUAAAGCCGAAAUCUUAUGACUCAGAUGUUCUCUCAUAUUCUCUUGUUAUAAAUAUUCUGACUAAUUUCUUCAUCGGUCCGAUCGUCAUUUGUUGUAUUUCAUCAGACUUCUUGAUGAAUUAAAGCUAAAAAUUAGUGUAUCCUUAUUUAUUGAAUAAACUUUAAAAUUCUCAAUUUAUAAAGUAAAUUUGACCAACAAUGUCAUUAUCAAGCAAGUUCAAUCUAGAAAAAUAAGUUGAUUCAUUUAAAGCAAAACUAAGAAAUCUCAAAAAAAUCAAAGAAGUAUUUCAAGUACUUUUAAAAUAAUGCCUGGAAUAAUAACUUUAGCUUAUUCAUUAAUUGAAAGUGAAAUUGUCGAAAAAUUAGAAUUAUCAGUGAAACAUCAACCUGAAUUCGAUCAACUGAUCAUCCAAAGUAUUCCAUCUACACUAAAAGGUCUUCAAUUAAUUUCUCAAAAUUGGUUUGAGUCUAAAGUUUGCAGUUAUGAGAAACUGAUUGCAAUAAUUCUUCAAAUCAAUGAUAAUCUUAAUGAUCUUCCUGAAAAUAUCGAGUUUAUUUCCAAAAAUAGAAUUUUGGUUGGUUUUCAAUCGACACUUGAAGAUCAUGAGAGCAAAUCUUAUUGGAAGUUUGCUGGACGAGAUAAAUUUUACAGUUUAAGCAUUGAGAAUGAUGCUUCUACAAAUGCUACUUUUUUCUUUCGUGAAUUCAUUGUUGAUGAGAUUAGAAAUGGAAGAACUGGAAUAUUAGAGAAAUAUCAGCACAAAAAUAAAAUUCGUCUUCAUGAAGUUGGUGACAGGAAUGAAAAGAAUCUAUUGGUUCUUGCAGUAUCGAAAAAUCAAAGCAAUAUUGUAAAAACUCUUCUCGAACAUGAUUUUGAUGCUGAUGAUGCGAUUGAUGUUGCUUGGGAGCUUUUUGAAGAAAUAAACGAAGAUGCUGAAAAGAAAGAAGAAGUUAAUAAAAUAAUUUUGUGUCUUUUAGGAGCAAAUUCUAGGUUUCCAAGUGAUUUUGAGUACGAAAAAGCUUCAAAAGAAGUACAAGAAUUUGUUGACAAAUGUGAAAGCUUACAUUACGAUGUUGAUGAUGACAACUUUGAUGGUAUUAAAGAAAAACUUGAAUCAAAUCCUGACUUAAUCCAUUUUUAUGAGCGAAACAGUGAAUCACUGCUUGCUUAUUCAUUACGAAUGAAAAAGUUUAAAAUAUUUGAGUUUUUAGAUAAGGAAAUCACAACAGGAUGUCAUGAAGAUCUCGAUGAAGUGUAUGAAAAUAUGAUUGCAAAAGAAUGUCGAAUGCUGCGCGAGCAGCACAAAUCAAAUGCUAUAGAAUUUCCAGAAACUUACAUUUUCAUUCUCAGAUCUAAGUCAAGGAUUGGUAAUAAUGACAGACAUUCUAAUAUGAAAUGGAAAUACAUUGACGAAGCAUUUAAGACCAUCAACAGCAACGACUAUUGCAAAAAGAUCCUUAAAGUCGCAGCUGAAUUCAAAAAGCUUAAAAUUUUCUUUGAUUUUAAACACAACUCGACUUAUUAUUUGGAUCCAGCAACAUCAAUCUAUUCAAAAGGAAUUAUUUACGAAGGUGGAUCAAUCUUUAUUGGCGCAAAGUACUUAUCAGAUGAUGACAAAAAGUUUGAAGUCUUUGGAGUUCUUGCUCAUGAGUUGUGUCAUUUGGCUGUAUUCUUGGGAUUUAUGAAUCGAAAUUUUGAUCCAUUUCCAGUUGGUCAAAGUGACAGCAAAACGAGAUUUAUUGAUCAAGUCAUGGCUCAAUGUAAGGAACGAGAAGAAUCUGAAAAAAUUAUCGCUAAUGUCUUUAAAAGUUAUCCACAAGAUGUUCAAGAUUCUGAAAUGAUUGUGACUGUUCCACAAAUGUUGAUGCAUUAUAUCAGAGAUCCAGUAAAACUCUUAGAACUUGAAGGAAUAUUUGAGGAACUGUUCAGAUACAGCAGAGAAGUUGUUGAACCAGAACUUGACAAAGCAUUGCCUGUCUUGAAAAUUCUUGGAGAUGAUGAAAAGUCAAUUAAGUUUGAGAAUCUAACGGAACCGAUGAGAAUUAGAAUUUUGCAUUCUAGAAUAAAUUUUCAAGAAUCUGAGACUUCUUUUCAUGAAUUAAUUGGAACUGACGAAAAAGUUUUAACAAUUCUGACUUCUGGCAAUAUCCGAAAAAUUCUUAUCAAAAAUGGAGAAAUGGAAUUCAGUUCUAUUUGUGAGUUAAAUCUAAAGUAUGGAUUGCUUGAAAGAAGCUUCAUAGAAAGAGAAACCAGUGACAGGAUUAAAUUAUUGGACCAAAACUUACAUCUCGAAAACAUGCAGAAAGAAAAGAGAACUUUAGAAUCUGUGCAGGAUUUAAGCAUAUUCUUAUUGUCUGAUCAUGCAGGAAGUGGAAAAACUACGAUUUUCAAGGAUUCUGCAAUUAAACUAAAGGCACUGAACAAAAAUGUUUGGGUUUCGUUCAUAAAUUUAAGGAUUAAUGGUCCAGUUUUGGAAAAUUUUAAGAACAAAAUUAAAGAUUUAACUUUUGAUGAUGUCUGUCAGAUGUUACUUGAAAUGGUUGAUCAAGAAUCAGACAUUGAGAAAGCAAUAUUCACAAAACUAUUCUUCGAUGGAACUACAAUCUUAUUUUUCGAUGGAUUUGAUGAAAUAAGUCCCAAAUACACUCAAAUUGUGAUGAAAAUGUUUGAAGUUUUGAUUACCAAUGAAGUUAAGAAUCAUUUGUGGAUAUCAACGCGUCCUCAUUGUGCUGAAAUAUUAGAAAUACUGUUAAAUGUAAAAGCUUUUAAGUUCACAGACUGCACUAAUGAGGAAUACUUGGAAUUUAUUACAAAAAUUUUGAAAUUGAACAAAGUUCCUGAAAAUUCAUUAAAGUUUGAGAAAGUUGUUCAAAAUGUGUAUUAUUAUAUCCACAACGAUAUCUUUUUAAGGCCAUUAGUCAAUGAACCUAGUUUCGUUGCAAAACAAGCAAUUGAGAAUCCAUUGUUGAUCGAAAUGUUAACAGAAUUGUUCAUUAACGAUUCAAUAAAAGUGGACACAGACAAUUACAAUCUAUACCUUAAAAUGGUUGAAAAACAAAAGGAAAAAGUCGGCAUUAAGAUUCCAAAUUUAGAACGAGAUCCAACAGGAAAGCUUUCAGUUUGGGAUGUCCAUAAAAUUUUAUCACUUUUGCUUAUUUUUGGUGAUGAUUUUGUCGACGAAUUAAAAUUCAAACUUGAAACUUUAUCAAUAAUGAAGAAAUGGAAGAAAGAGAAGAAAAACUGGACAUCCGACAUGAUUCAAAGAUAUGGAUUCGUAAUUGUGGAUUUAAGUGCUGAAGAUUUAAGAAGCUCAAUAGAUUUUAAUCACAGGACUUAUGCUGAGUUUUUUAUUGCUCAAUUUUUGAUGGAUUUCAUCUUUGAUGACAAUGAUGAAGUCAGUGAAGCAGAAGUUAUGAAAAAAUUUGAAAUUUUCGAUCUGGUCAUGAAGAAUGGAAAAAGAUUCAGCAUAAUUUUGAGUUUCAUGGUUAAUUUCAUAAAAUUUGGAACAUAUGAAGACAUUGGUGAUGAAAUUAAGGAAAUAUUGACCACAAAAAUUGGAAGCAUUCAUUUAAUGGUUGAGAAUUCAGAAGAAUCAUCAGUCGACGAAGUUGCUGCAUACUUUGGAAAUUACUCACAAUUUCUAAUCAAUGAAGAUGAAUUGUUGAGAAAUUUAUGGAAAUUGGAUGGAAAAAAUAUUCUUCAAGAUUUUAUUACCAAAAAAUAUUCUUUAUCAAACAUUGCAGAUCUAGCUUGGUUUUGUUUUGGACCAAAUUGGCACGUAGUAAUGAACAAAUGUGCCUCAACAUUAACGACAGACGAAGAAUUUGAGCAAAUUAAAGGAGAUGUAAAGAAUGAAAAUUUAUGGAAGAAUGACAAAAAUUCUUUAAAGUUUUGCGAUCUUGUUGAUAAAAACUUUGAUGCUGACGUAAGGAAGUCAUUUUAUGAAAACUUAAGGUUCCAUAAUAUCUACACGAAUGAAGCACUUGCGUCAAUAAUUUUAAAAAUGUCAUCUGGAUGUGAUAGAGCGUUGUUUGUAUCCAAAUGCUUAAUGGAAUUGAAUCUUUUUGAUAUUUUUAGUGAUAAUUUGAACUUAGUGUUUACAAAGAUUGAGGAAGCGUAUAAUAAUGAUUUUGAGGAAAUAAGGAAAUUCGUCUUUAAUAAUACUCGAGCUUGUGGCCUAUUAAGAGUUGUCAUGACCACAAACAUUGAAAAUUUCCGAAUCAUUCGUGAUUUUUACAUAAAAUACAAAAAUUCAUGGACUGAGAUUCAAAAUAUUCUAUUAAGUCACGGAGUUUAUUACUUUAUUUAUGCGCCUGGUUCAAGAUGUUAUUAUGAAUUUAAAGACUUUGUAAAAGAAGCCUUUGGAAACGACACAUCACGGAUCGCAAAUAUGAUAGAGCAAUACAAUAUGGAGAAUUUUCACAUUCCAGAAGCGUCCGUAGAUAAUUUAAACGAUUUCUUAAUGUACAUUUUUAACAAUAAUGAAGAUAAGGUCAAGAAGCUACUUUUAAGAAUCAAUCUUUAUAAACUUUAAAUAAUAAACAGCACUGGAUUUAUUUGUAAUAUUUCAAACGUUGCAUUUUAAACAUAACUUUUUUAAGGAUAUUCGAUAGAACUCUACAGAAUACUUGACAGCAUAUAAUUAAUUUAAAGCAAAAAUUCUGUAGAACUCUACAGAACCUGUUCUGUAAAUUGUUUGAGAAUCGCAAUUCAAUUCCUCAGUUCUACAAUCCUGACAUCUUCAAUAAAAAUAAUAAUCCAAAAUAUGUCUACAGAACAUAAAUCUUAACACGAUAAUUGCAUUUGGUAAAACUUCGAAUUUCGAGGAUUAAUCAAGCAUUAAAUUUUGUGAAGGAGGUUGUGAAUGUCUAUCCAAUGAAUAUUCAUCUAUCUACAGAUUUUUCUUAAUUUAUUGAUCUACUUAACGAAACAGUGAAAGCCUUUUGCCUGGAAGGACUCCAUUUUGAAGGAUUCCAGCCUGAAUAUCUUUUAACGUUGGCAAUCCUUGAAUUUGUCCACGUGCCGCGAGUGCUGGUGAUGAGGAAAGGAAUCGUCUAGCCACUUUUUGAAUGUCUUCAGCUUGGAUUUUUUCUAAAAAGAAUCAAUGAAAUGCUGUGUCUUCUUUCUCUGUCCAGUAGCCAAGACUUGUCUGGCAAUAUCCUCAAAGACAACAGGUCUAGACUCAAGGUUCAUUAAUAACAUCGAUUGCAAUUGAGUCUUUGCUCUCUUUAAUUCUGUUGGAUUUGGUGCUGUUGACAUAUUAACAAGCUCUUUUGUAAUAACUUCGACCAUAUUUCGUACAUGAGUUGGUGGAGCACUAGCAUGAAUGCAGAAUAAUCCAGAAUCCAUAUAAGCAUGAUUAUAAGCUGUUGCACUGUACAUCCAGUGAUAUCUAUUGAGAACAUUUGUGUAAAGUCUUGUAUACAUUCCUUUUCCAGGUCCGCCAGCUGAAAAUGAUCCACCACCGCCCAUCAUAAUGUUCAAAACGCAUGCAGCAAUAAAAUCAUCGUCUUGAUGUGAACAUCCUUCGAGACCAAUAACAACAUGUGCUAAUUCUGGUAAGCCGACUGAAGCAUAAAUUGGAAUUUCACAUUCUUCUGUUUUAUGACCUCCUGUAUAUUGAGCUAUUGAUGAAUCUACCGUAUAUGCACCACGAUUCUUUACUGGUUCAAUUUCCCACGUUGCUUUAUUUUCGACGAAGUGCUUCUCGACAGCACGAACAAAUUCAUCAUGAUUAACGCCGACACCUGCAACGACCAUUCUUUGUGGUGUAUGAUGAUGCUUAAGAUAAGUCAAAAGCAUAUUUCUGUCAAUUUUUGGUGCAUUUAUAGGCGGACAGAGUUUUGGCAAUCCAAGAGUAUUAUCACGAUAUGCAGCAGCAUGUAUCAUGUCCAUUAAAAUUGGUUCUUGUUCUGGUCUCAUAUGAAGUGAUUCUAAUUCAAAUUGAACAGCUUGUCGUGCCAUAUCAACUUCUUCCAUCUUCAAUUGUGGACGCAUGACUACUUCACCGAGCACUUUCGUCACUUGAUCAAGUCCACGACUGUCAGCUGAUGCAGCAUAAAUGAAAGUAUCUCGAGAUGAUUGACAGUCACAAAUUCCUCCAUGCUUCUCAAGUUCCUUUAAUAUUAUGUCCUUUUCUGGAUAUUCUAUAGUAGAAUUGAAUGCCAACUUUUCAAGGAAAUGAGCAAUUCCGCUGGGAUAAGCAACUUCAUAUCGUGGACCAGAAUCAAUAACAACACCUAUUGUACAAAAUUGACCGAAACGAUUUUCUGAUGCAACUCUUAAGCCAUUGGAAAGGGUAGUGACCCUUGUUUCUUCUUGUUCUUUCCUUACUUGUGCAUAUUCGACUUGUGGAAGGUCUACAAUGUGUAUUUAGGGCAAAUUAAUAAAUUUUUCAUUGCAUUUUCUAUAUUUAUACCUUUAAGUGGCUCUGUAAGUGGUGGAAAUGGCGUAACAAUCUCCUUUGACGGUGUAUUUGUAGUCGGUCCAUCAAGAUUACUUGCUCUGCCUGAUUUAUUACUAUCACUAGAUUUUUCUGUCGCAAAAUUCCUCAAAAAUCUGAAAUCGAUCAAAGAAUUUGUUAAAUUCAAUUAAUUAUGAGCGGAAUUGAUAUGUCACUUACUUAUGCUGGUUUCUAAAUACACUGCACGAUGCAAUUCUCUUUAAAUCUAAUCUUAAAGCCAUAAUUUUGUUAAUUAAAAUGUUUCUCUUGAGAAAUUUAUGUUCUGUAUGAACUUCCAC